CUGCAUUUUGCAGAGGAAUAACCUGAAAAUUUAAGUAAUUUUUCCAAGGUCCUAUAUCUAGUAAAUCAUGUCUGAUUGUGGACCGUGGUUCCCAAAUUUUUAUAUUCAGAACCUGUAAAGAAAAAUGCAAAUGUGUGUGUGUAUGUGCGUAUAUGCAAUCAUUCUUUUAUUUUCCAAAGAAACAAUAGAAAGAUAAAAAGGAUUAAAACAGUUGCUUAUAGCAGAAGGGAGAGAGUAGACAAGAAUGGAAGCUAGACUUCCCACAGUUUUAGCAUUGAAGCUAGGUAAAUGUGUCAUAUAAUUAAAACAUUGAGUUUGAAAAUGCAGCUUUCAGGUCAGUGUUGCAGAAUUAUUGUAUCUGAAUCUCUGGCAGCAGCACUGUAUUCUGAUACAGCUAAUCAGGAUUAUGCAUUAAGAAACACUCUUCUUUGCUCUAUGACCCCAAAAAAGGAAGUGGUCACUACCUUUUCCAUUUCUGUAUUCCCUGCAGUGGCCAGCAUUGGACUGGGAAUGGAAUUGUAUAUCACGUGACCUUGGACUGGGUUUGCACUGUUGGAUGGAGCUUCAUUAGGAGGAAUGGCUUCUCGUUGGCACCAAACAAGGACAUCUUCUUCUCUAUAGGAUCUGGAAAGAUGCUGAUCCAUGUGGUUUCCCAGUUUAAGAUUCUGGUCAGCCUUUUAGAAAAUAAUAUUUAUGUCCAUGACCUAUUGACAUUUCAACAAAUCACUACGGUUUCAAAGGCAAAGGGAGCAUCACUGUUCACAUGUGACCUCGAGCACACAGAGACCGGUGAGGAGGUGUUGCGGAUGUGUGUGGCGGUGAAAAAGAAGCUGCAACUCUAUUUCUGGAAGGACAGAGAAUUUCACGAAUUGCAGGGAGACUUUAGUGUACCAGAUGUGCCCAAGUCCAUGGCAUGGUGUGAAAAUUCUAUCUGUGUGGGUUUCAAGAGAGACUACUACCUAAUAAGGGUGGAUGGAAAGGGGUCCAUCAAAGAGCUCUUUCCAACAGGAAAACAGCUGGAGCCGUUAGUUGCACCUUUGGCAGAUGGAAAGGUGGCUGUGGGUCAGGAUGAUCUCACCGUGGUGCUCAAUGAGGAGGGGAUAUGCACACAGAAAUGUGCCUUGAACUGGACAGACAUACCAGUGGCCAUGGAGCACCAGCCUCCCUACAUCAUUGCAGUUUUGCCUCGAUAUGUAGAGAUCCGAACAUUUGAGCCGAGGCUUCUGGUCCAGAGCAUUGAAUUGCAAAGGCCCCGCUUCAUUACCUCGGGAGGAUCAAACAUUAUCUAUGUGGCCAGCAAUCAUUUUGUUUGGAGACUCAUUCCUGUCCCCAUGGCAACCCAAAUCCAACAGCUUCUCCAGGACAAGCAGUUUGAAUUGGCUCUACAGCUUGCAGAAAUGAAAGAUGAUUCUGACAGUGAAAAGCAGCAACAGAUCCAUCACAUCAAGAACUUAUAUGCCUUCAACCUCUUCUGCCAGAAGCGUUUUGAUGAGUCCAUGCAGGUCUUUGCUAAGCUUGGCACAGAUCCUACCCAUGUGAUGGGGCUGUACCCGGACCUGCUGCCCACAGACUACAGGAAACAGUUGCAGUACCCUAACCCGCUGCCUGUGCUCUCGGGGGCUGAGUUGGAGAAGGCACACUUAGCUCUGAUUGACUACCUGACGCAGAAACGAAGCCAACUGGUAAAGAAGCUGAAUGACUCUGAUCAUCAGUCUAGCACCUCCCCGCUUAUGGAAGGCACUCCCACCAUUAAAUCCAAGAAGAAGCUGUUGCAAAUCAUCGACACCACCUUGCUCAAGUGCUACCUGCAUACAAAUGUGGCCCUGGUGGCCCCGCUGCUGCGCCUGGAGAACAAUCACUGCCACAUCGAAGAGAGCGAGCAUGUGCUGAAGAAGGCGCACAAGUACAGUGAACUGAUAAUCCUGUAUGAGAAGAAGGGGCUCCACGAGAAAGCUCUGCAGGUGCUGGUGGACCAGUCCAAGAAAGCAAACUCACCUCUGAAAGGCCAUGAGAGGACUGUGCAGUAUCUGCAACAUUUGGGCACAGAAAACCUGCAUUUGAUUUUUUCCUACUCAGUGUGGGUGCUGCGAGACUUCCCAGAGGAUGGCCUGAAGAUAUUUACUGAAGAUCUCCCAGAGGUGGAGUCUCUGCCACGAGACCAAGUGCUCGGCUUCUUGGUGGAGAAUUUUAAGAGUCUGGCUAUUCCUUAUCUGGAACAUGUCAUCCACGUUUGGGAGGAGACUGGCUCUCGGUUCCACAACUGCCUAAUCCAGCUGUACUGUGAGAAGGUGCAAGCUCUGAUGAAGGAGUAUCUCCUGUCCUUCCCUGCAGGCAAAACUCCAGUUCCUGCUGGAGAAGAAGAGGGUGAGCUGGGAGAAUACCGACGGAAGCUCCUUAUCUUCCUGGAAAUUUCUGGCUACUAUGAUCCAAGCCGGCUCAUCUGUGACUUCCCUUUUGAUGGCCUCUUAGAAGAGCGCGCACUGCUGCUGGGCCGCAUGGGGAAGCAUGAGCAAGCCCUCUUCAUCUACGUCCACAUCCUGAAGGACACAAAGAUGGCCGAGGAGUACUGCCACAAGCAUUAUGACCAAAACAAAGAUGGCAACAAAGAUGUGUAUCUGUCCCUGCUCCGGAUGUACCUGUCACCCCCCAGUGUUCACUGCCUGGGACCAAUCAAGCUGGAACUGCUGGAGCCACAAGCCAACCUCCAGGCUGCCCUGCAGGUCCUUGAGCUGCACCAUAGCAAGCUGGACACCACUAAGGCCAUCAACCUUCUCCCAGCAAACACUCAGAUUAAUGAUAUACGCAUCUUUCUGGAAAAGGUCUUGGAAGAAAAUGCACAAAAGAAACGGUUCAAUCAAGUGCUCAAGAACCUUCUUCAUGCUGAAUUUCUGAGGGUCCAGGAAGAGAGGAUUUUACACCAGCAGGUGAAGUGCAUCAUCACGGAGGAGAAGGUGUGCAUGGUGUGUAAGAAGAAGAUCGGGAACAGUGCAUUUGCAAGAUACCCCAAUGGCGUGGUCGUGCACUACUUCUGUUCCAAAGAGGUAAACCCAGCUGACACCUGAGCCCAGCAUGCCAGGAAUUCUUCAGAUGGACGGUUCAGCUAUCCCAGAGAGGAGAAGGAGCACCGGCCUUAGAAGUGAGGGGCCGCUUCCACCACCAGGUGUCUCCCCUUUUGGACACUUCUGGCAACUCUGAGCCCUGGCACAUCUCUGAAUUUAUCAGACUUGUGGUCUGAUGUUACCAGCUUUUUGAUAGAAAAAAGAGAUUAGCUAUACUUUAUAUACCAUUAUGUUACAGGCAAUUGCAGAGAAUUUACUACCUGCUUGGACAGGAGGAGGUGGAGAAGGGCAGUGUCCUGCCUUUGCACAUCAAUCACCUAAACAAGGAAAGUGUCUCAAGUGUUUAUAACCCUGAGAUUGCUUAUUCAGAGUUUUCUGUGAAGGCACAUGUAGGACUUUGUGCGGAGCCCCCUGCGCACUUGGCCUGGAAUCUGGAAGGAGAGCAGUCCUAGGUUUCUUCUCACUGCACAGGCUGGACUGGCUCUCUAGGUGAUGACAGUCAUUUCUCCAUAGUCACCACACCCUCUGUCCCCCUGGGAGUCUCCCCGCUCAUCCAUUUAUGUUUUGGUCUCCAUUUCUUUCUCCCUAUUUAUUUUCUUCCUUUAUCUCUCCCUUCACUGCUCCACCCAGGCUUUGUCUCUCGUUUUCCUGCCACCGGGAAUAACUAAUAUUUUAAACAAGGUAAAAUGAGAAGCAAGAGGAAGUCUCAGUUUCCAGGAUAUACUGAUAAUUGUCAGGUUUGUUGUAAAUAGAUCCUCCUUGGACUGAGAGUUCUAUGCUUAGAGGCUUAGGAGAGCAUCAUCCUCUGUCCCUCAGGGCCAGGUGUGACAGUGACUCUAAGGAUGGCCUGCACUGGCUCCUGCUAGACAGGCCUCCAAUGGGGCUCCUGCUCCUGGUUCACCCACCAGCCACCCAGAGCAGGUUGGUUUAGUCUGUGAAUGAGAGCUCUGUGCCUUGGGCACCUUUCCCUUUGCAGCCAGUGUGGCCCGCUGACCUCGCAGCUUGGCCUGGCCCUUGUUCUCCAGCUUUGUUUUGCAGGGGAUGGAGGAUUGCGCUGGCUUGUUGUAGGUAGGUGGAUCUCUGCUAUACACAGGGUUGAUCACAUCAGGAACUGACAGACUUGAUGUCAAGCAUGCCUGUGAGGUACCCGGGACAACCAAGGGCGCUGCAGCACAUGGGUUCAUGAAGUCACUCCCUACCAGAUUCAUGGAGCACUUGUAGGGGGCAGGGAGACCCCCCACCCCCACAGGGCACCAGAGUCAGACAGGAGGAGUGUGUAACCUUGUAGGCAGAGGACAUACGGGGAGAGUGGCCCUGUAUCCUGUCCUCUGUAGAGUUUUAUGGAUUCCCAGUCUUGUCACUGCUGUGUUUUUAAUGGUGGUGAGGGUGGGGGAUGGUGCCCAGCCCUGAUGGUGUUUUUGUGCCCUGUCCUUGACCUGCCACGGUUCUUCUCAAGCCACAGCACCAUGCCACUUUGGGCCUGUGUUGUACGCUGACUCGCUGGUAUAAUAGACUAGGCUUCUCCCAGACAUGCUGUCUUUGGAGGGUCUGCAGGGACAGAGCGGGUGCCCUCAGCAUCGUGCACACAGACGGGGGCUCUGCUCGGGUUUGGUAGGCAGCUCAGUGCUUCAGGAGACCCAGGUUCCAGCUGGCCCGACCAGCCCAGGGGAAGCAGUGCUGCCCUCGGACCUGUUUGCACCGGUUCAAAGGAGCUUCCCUGGAAGCAGCGGCGAGGUCCUGAGGCCAGCCCUCCUCUGUACAGUAGACUCGCUCGCCGUGCAGAUCCAGUCUUCCCAGCCUGCUCUGUUUGUAUCUGUCAUUCCCACAACCUGUGUGGCACAUGUGUUUGAAGCAAUAGAAUAAAGAAUGCGUGUUUUCUUCCUUCUGGGAUAUAUAAAUGAUGCAACUUUCCCCAAACUCCAUUCUUCCUUCCCUGGACCCUCUUUGCCCUCUGGAGAAGUGAAGAAGGCCAGCCAAGAAACUCUGUAAUGACUCUUGAAGAUACAUCAUAAUAAACAUCAUAAAGUAAAAAA